CGGUAGAGAUUUGGUCUGGAACCUUUUCUUUCCUCCACUUGUCGUGGCUUCGCCUCCUUUCUGUCGCGACCAUGAAGCUUUGGGCCGGACUGUGAGCUGUGAUCCCGCUGAGCCGUCGGACCGGAGGACCGAGAGAUCGUUUCCCACAUCUGUUGGAGGGUAGCGCCAGCCCUUUGUCUACAAUGUCCUCCAGAGGUAAGAAUGACCUGUGCCGAAUAUGUGGCGGAGCUCUGCAGGGAAACCAGCGGCGAUGGCUGUUUGGGGGCCAGAAUAGGAAGAGCAGCCACCUUCAGACCCCAACAGAGUCCCUGAGGGGAGGAAGCCGGUCUCAGUCCUUGCAGAGCAGCCCCUGGGGCAGCACAUUAUCUCUGGGCUCCUCAGGCUCUCUCUCCAAGUCCCAGUUAUCUGUGAAUUCGCCGUCCAAAAGCGUGGACGUGCUCGCGGUGUUGACCCACAUCCUGGGCCAGUCUGUACCACGAGGCAGCGGGCAGGGCGAGUUUGUUUGUGGCAAAUGCGUGAGCGCCCUCGAGCGGGUGUUUAAGUUCGACUCGGUGAUAGCCAGGGUGAGGGUGCUUUCGUCUGAGCGGCUUCAGAAGCUGAUGCAGGAGAGGGACAAGAUCAGGCAGUGGGUGCGCCAAAACUACCGGCAGAGACACUCGCGGGACGCUCAGAACCGGGGCAGCACCAGCGAGGAGGACGGCGACGCUGAGAAGGAGGGCUACAGGGAGAUGCUCAAAGAGAACAUGGCGCUCUCAGAGUAUGAAUGCUGGUCUGAGAAGUGGGACACGUGUCCGUACUUUGUCAGAACGGGUAAAAGAUGCAGAAAGGGCAAAGGAUGUGAAGGCUGCGACUCCUUACGGGUGUCCGACUCUGACUAUGAGUCCGUGUGUGGGGUUCCUCGUCGCUUGCCUUUCCAACCUUUCUCCCCGUUGGCGCUGUCUCGGGACAAAUCCCGGAGCAUGCCCCUGCACUGGCACGGGGUGCCGUCCCUCGGCUCCAGCCCGGCUUCUCUGGCAGGGUCCAGUCUCUCCCUGCGAGCGCCUUCCCGCACCGAGUCCAUCCAGUCUCUGGACUCUCUUGAUGGAAAUGACCCUUUCGACUCACUGGGGGAUCAGUCGGUCAGCUUUGUGCUGAAGGAGCUGAGGAGUAUUGAAGGGAAGCCGGUCAGUUCGCCAUCAGGGAGCAGGAUCCCAGUUCUGGGGAGGAGGGAUGGGAAGCACACCGGAAAAGCUGGAGAGGCGGCGUCACCCACAGUGAACAGGGAGCUGAACUUUGGGGACACCGAGAACGGAGGGCAUGAGGUGGACGAAGAGGACGGGGAUGUGCUGACAGAGCUGAGAGACGAGUUCAUGCCGCUCCAUCGAGAGAACACGACUGCCAGAGUUCACCAUGCCAUCAGGCACCUGCGAAGUCAACUCGACCAAGCUACCUCCCGCGUCAGGACCCUGGAGGCUGAGCUGAAACAUGGGAAGAGCAGACCAGCUGAGGUCAAUGGAUCAGAGGACUGGACUCCUCUCAUCCAGGAGGAGGGUGGCAGCUCCCUGCUGCAGAGCCUCGGCCGCUCCCUGCACAGCCGGGAGCGCCUGGUCCAGGAGUGCAUGGGUCUGAUCAGGAGGCUGUGUGUGGAGGACGGAGCAGGCGCUGAGCUGGCCAACAAGCUGACUGACACACUGACCGAGACGCUGAAGGAACUUCUGUCUGAGAACAAGGUUGCCCUGGAGACUUUGAAAUCCGAAUGGACAGAGAAGGAAAAGGGCACGGAGAAAGAGAUGGAGGCACUGAGGAAGGCUGGACGAGACCGAGAGAGAGACCUCAACACGCUGAACACUGUGCUGCAGUGCAACCAGGACAUCAUCAACGACCUGCGGGUGGCUCUGGGGGAGAAGGAGCUCCUGCUGAAGGAGGUGGAGAAGGAGCGUGAGGUGUGGAGGCAGCGGGACGGAGCCCUCGCUGCUGUCCUGCAGGAGAAGGAGGCUCUGAUCCACAGCUUCAGAGAGCAGCUGGAGGUCUGUCACAAGGAGGCUCCCUCCAGCUCUGACGGCGGGCAGCGCUCUGCUGAGCUGGCAGCCCUGUUGGAGGACUGGGAGGGGAACGGCGCCAUCUUGUGUCAGGAGGUGGCCAAGCUCACCACAGCCCUGCAGGAAUACCAGGACAUGGUGCAGAGUCAGCAGAAGAGUCACAGCCAGACGGUGUCUUCUCUGACCGAGCAACUCCGAGACACUCGGCAGGAGCUGAGGCAGAAGGAGAAGGAGAAGAAGGAGGCUGACCGAGCCGAACAGAGCAGCAGAGAGGACCGGGAGCGAGAGGAGAGGAUGCUGAGGGAGCGCCUGGACAGGAGGGACAAGCUCAUAGAGCAGAUCCUGCUGGACGCCGAGGAGCGGGACCACGUGUUCAGAGAGCUGCAGCAGAACCUGCAGAACAAGCGUGAACCGGUCACGGCCAUCAAACACACACUGUGACGGAGCAGGAGAGCUGGACCGACCCGAUCAGAACUCACUGCACAGAGACGGAGAAAUACUUUUCACUUUCUGCUCCACUGCUGGCCUCGUUAGCAUAUUUAUGGUGGUGCACGAUGAGUCUAUUUAUAUCCAUCUGUCCACAUUCAGGAGGUUUGUGUCUGCAGCCGGCCCAGUUCGGCCCAACACUCCACCGUUACUGCUCUUCUCUGCUUGUGUUCAGCCUGAUGUCAGGUCUGGAUGGUUAAUACUUGAUCUACAAGUCACUGGAUUACUGUAUUUGGUUAGUGCUGAAUGUGACGGGUCUGAUGGUGGCGCUGAGGGAACAUUCAUGUCCUUCAGAGCAGGAGCGGGUACAACAUGUUUUAAUUAGAGUUUUGCUUCAUAUGAUUCAUGAACCUCUGUGUGUGGUGUCCUGAGUCUUCUCAAUAGAGAAGCAGAGCUGGCUGAGCGUUCACACAGAGGACAACUCACUGCUUCCACUGUCUGCUUUUUACGUCUUUUUUCUUUUUUGUGCUCGAUUAUCUUCACUUCUUGUUUUGUGAUUCUGGGACUUGCUGCUGGAGACAUUUUCUUUCUUUUAACGCAAGAGAAUUAAACAGUCUGAUCCAAACCA